GAGUCUGAUGAUGAUGACGGCCUGCCGAAGAAGAAGUGGCCCACUGUGGAUGCCUCGUAUUAUGGAGGAAGAGGAGUUGGUGGAAUCAAGAGGAUGGAGGUGCGAUGGGGCGGCAAGGGCUCCACCGAGGAGGGGGCGAAGCUGGAGAAGCCGAAGAACGCAGUGGUGAAGAUGCCGGAGCAGGAGUACGAACCAUACGAGCCCAAACCUAAGAAGGCUCAGAACAAGAAGCCGCCUCAGAACCGGAAGUGGUACACACCUAUCCGGGGUAAACUGGAUGCCAUCUUGGCUCUGUUUCGCCGUGGAUAUGACCAGGUGUCCCUAAUGAGACCCCAACCUGGUGAUCAUGGUCGAUGUAUCAACUUUACAAGAGUAAAAGAUGACUCUGCAACCAAGGCUCCGCCCCGUUCCCCGAUCCAUGUGCCCUCACCGCCUCCCCCCGACUACCAUCCCAUUACCCGCCCCACCUCACCAUCUCCAACCAGCCCACCCACCAGACCAGCACCAUCAGGCCAGGUGCCUCCAGGACCACCGCCAUCCCGCACGCCACCAGGUCCACCCUGUCCUCCACCGGCCCGCCCUCCACCCGCCCUUCAACCCUGAAACAUGUGGACAGACCUCCUCCACCCCCCCAUCCUGUCCACCCUGAUAUCACAUUGAUAUUGCUACCCUGAGCGUGUGUUUUCUCUUGAAGCCGCAGGUCCUGCUGCCAAAUAUGCUCCUGCCUCAUAGCAAAGAAUAGAUGCAUGCCGAACCUCAGACACGUGUGCUCCUGCUGUUGGAUGGGAUAUAGAGUCUCAAGUUGAGCUCUAAGCUCACAAUCUUAGUCAUGUGACAUGUUCCUGCAUCUCACCUGAUUAAAUCCCUAACUACAGA